UCACCUUAAUUAUCUUCAGUGUCAUUUUGGAAAAUAUACAUUAUUCUUCCACCAACAUGUCAUGCACUUUUUCUCCUGCAUAUAAGGAACUCAAUUAGUAACCUCUUUCCCAUACCUUCACUUGACUAAAAAAUAUAUAACCAAUCAUAUUCUUUUUCUAACAAUAUUAUUCAUAUUCAUUCAUUCAUCAACAAAUGGCAACCUCUUGGACUGCAAGGCAGAACAAACUGUUUGAACAAGCAUUGGCUUUAUAUGACAGGGAAACUCCUGAAAGAUGGCACAAUGUGGCCAAAGUGGUUGGAAAAUCAGUUGAAGAUGUUAAGAGUCACUAUGAGAUCCUCAAAGAAGAUGUUCAACGUAUUGAGCAUGGCCAUAUCCCUUUUCCUCGUUACAAAACUAACACCAACUCCUAAGGUUCUUGAAGAUAUCCAGAAUCCAAUAAGCUUUGAAUAACCAACCAAUAUUUGGCGUAUCUUUGACCCUGCCAAGUGAAUGUGGCAGUCUUCUAUAGCUAGUCAAAUUAAUUGUAUUCCUCGCCCUUUAAUUUCCUUACAUUGCACCAAAAAUAAAAUAUUGUAUUUAGAUUAAUUUAAUUCAUUAUUGUAAGUUUAUGAAGGAUUAAAUUUUAAUAUAGUAUCAAAUAAUAGUUUAUAAAA